AUGAAACUUAAAAAGUAUUUUGGCCCAUCCGAGACUGUGAUGAAGUUUUCCGAAGCUAGAGAGUUUAGAUCAAAAAAACUUAUAGAAUAUAGAGAAAUUAAUCCUCAGUCCUCAACAAUAACUUCAACUUUCUCUUCAACCUCUUCAAUUUCCUCUUCGACCUCUUCAACUUUGAUCGCUUCUUCUGCUUCGAUGAUUUCUACUUCUUCAAUUCCUAUGACCACUUUGAAGCCCUCUUCGGAUCAAUCAAAGAAUGAUACACCAAUUCCAGUAACAGACUUAACUCAAAUACCAUCUAAAAAGCAAAAAUUAGAAAUUGAUUGUCUCGAAUGUGCCAAACUAAAUAACCAAAUUGACUCUUUAAAAUCAAAAGUAAUUUCUUUACAAGACGAUUUGGUUACUGCUCAAAAAAAAAUCAUAGCGUAUCAAGAUCUCAUCGUCGAAAGUCAAAAAAAGUAAAGUGACUUUCAUGUAAAAACGAUUUAAGAUGAUCUUUAAGUGUUAAAAGUCAAUGAUCGUUGACCAGUUUUUUUUUAUCCCUUUUCC